CGCCUACCGAAGAAGUGGUGCAGCUGACUGAAGGUUAAAUGGUGUUAAAGCUGCAACAAUAGGUCGUUUUCUACCCGAAGGAGAGUUCAGAUAACCCGUGUUGCCGAACUGUAAUGAACGCAGUGAGGGAACUGAUGAAGGUUUUCAUAACGAGGCGCAUCCCUGAAGAGGGAAUGAAGAUCCUUUCAGGAGCGACUGGAGUAUGUGAGGUUUCUCAGUGGGACUCAGAUGAGCCUGUCCCGAGGGCAGAGCUUCUUAAAAGAGUCCAGGGAGCUCAUGGUCUUCUGUGUUUGCUGUCAGACAAGAUUGAUGCUGAGGUUCUGGAUGCUGCAGGGCCAAACCUAAAAGUAAUCAGCACCAUGUCUGUGGGAUUCGACCACUUGGCUCUAGAUGAGAUCAAAAAGCGCGGCAUACGUAUUGGAUACACUCCGGAUGUCCUGACUGACGCCACCGCAGAGCUGACCGUGGCUCUGCUCCUGGCCACUGCUCGCCGCUUACCAGAGGGAGUGGAGGAAGUCAAAACUGGUGGCUGGAGCUCAUGGAAACCUCUCUGGCUGUGCGGUUACGGCCUGUCGGGCAGCACUGUUGGAGUCAUUGGACUGGGACGCAUUGGUAUGGCCAUAGCUCAGAGACUCCUUCCUUUUGGGGUUAAGAGACUGUUGUAUACCGGAAGGACGGCUAAAGCCCACGCUGCAGAGGUGAAUGGAGAGUUUGUUCCCCUGGACACGCUUGUGUCAGAGAGUGAUUUCAUUGUGGUUUCCUGCUCACUGACACCAGAAACUCAGGGCCUGUGUGACGAGGCAUUUUUCAGCAAGAUGAAAAAAACUGCAGUGUUCAUCAACUCAAGCAGAGGAGCUGUGGUGAACCAGGAAGACCUGUAUGAGGCUCUUAAGAGCGGACAGAUAGCUGCAGCCGGUCUGGAUGUUACAACACCUGAGCCUCUCCCAACAAACCACCCGCUUCUUACCCUGAAAAACUGUGUUGUGUUACCUCACAUAGGCAGUGCCACUUACUCCACCAGAGGCGUCAUGUCAGCACUGACUGUUCAGAACCUGCUGGGAGGGUUGCAGGGCUUGGACAUGCCGAGCGAACUCCGCUUGUAGACAGUGAAAAGGAACCGCUGUGCCUGCUGCUUCUUCAUGAAGAUAAAAUGAAAACUGUACAGUGAGGUAGAAAAUAGUGGUGGGAGUACUAAUGCAGUCUAGACAUGUUCUAGCACCUUAAGAAUUGGAUUUGAUCACACUACUACAUGUAGUAAAGUUCUUCGAAAGAAGGUUAAGCACACCCUAUGAGUCUAGUCAGAGUCUUACUAUUCUUAUUUUUUUUUAAAUAGUACAGAUCUUUCAUCACUCCAUCUGAAAUAAUAUAGAAAUAAAGUUUUACUACCUUGUUAA